AUACGCUUGUAGGCAGUAAAGACCUUGCCUUGCGACUCGGCACCAUGUCCUUACGGGACUUGCCAUCACUGCUCAAGCGGCGAGCCAGCAGUGUUCGGGGCUGGAAGGUGCUACCGCGCGCCAGGCAUUCGGUCUCAGCCACAGACUUGGGCCCUCAGGUCCACCGCGCAGCUGUUCCCCGGCACUCCGAAAGGUCACAAUCGCAGACCCGGCUUCCACCGCCGCGGCAAGCGGCAGAGGAGAGUUUCCUGCCUGGAGCUGUUCAUGCGAGCCCCACCAAUGCCAGGUCCGUCGAAGCAGAUUCGCGGCUCCUCAAGGUGCCAGAACGAGGAAGUGAAGAUGUCCCAACGCCAUCCACUGGUAGCUCAGGUGUUCUCCAAACGACGCUUCUCCGUCCGGAGACGCCGCCCUGCACACGCUCCUGCCCCGUAGGAUUCGACCACGUCACGUACUUCUCAGAUCUCCAACGUCCAGGGAAUCGACCGAGGCCGAGGCCGAGUUUUCUUCAGAUGGACGAGGUGCAGAAGUGACGGUAUAGGCGGUGCCCUGCAGCAGUUCAGGGCGGGGCGGGGGCCAGCGUGUUGGAUGGCUCUAGGUCUUUGGUCAAAGCAUGCUGAGACGAUAUAUGUGACUACGUACGUAGAGUGUAGUGAUAAG